GUUUUUUAAAACACUCGCUAUUAAUACACUCAACGGAUAUACAGAUAAAAUUUACAAAUAAUAAAUAAAUGUACGAAUUAAACGCAGAGAUACAUUAUAUCUGCAACAUCCAAAAAUAUGACCGUCGUUUAUCGACUGCUCCCGCAACAGAUUUAAAAAAUUCUUCGACAAUUUUAACCUAACCUUGAAACUGCACAUGAGUUAAGAAAAAUAUAUAACGCAAAAAAUCGGGAGAUAUUCUUCCGUUUAAUGCCACAAAUUAUAUCCGAUUUUCCGUUGUAUAUAUUGUCCAGCACAAUAUUAAGUAAUAUUUACUAUUGCGAUUAAUCACGCGAACCGCCUAUCUUAUCGGCGGUGGCUCUCUCAAGCUGACCACGUUGUUUUAACGAGGGCCCUUGAAAAGUGAAGGAACGUUGAGAUAAUGUCGAAAAGGGAUAUAGACUUAUUUAACGAACGAGCUGCCGUGGCGGAGAGAGAGAUACUCGGUUUGAAGCUGCAGCUCGAAUCGCUGCGACGGAGCAUCGCGACUGACAUCCCGAGUGAUAUAACCAAGGAGGAGUUCGAGAGAUUGCAACAGGAGAACGUCAAGUUGACCCACAGGAUAGCGAUACUCAAGAGGACCGUGGAAAUGCAAAGGGAUAAACUGGACAACAGGAUGGAGUCGUUGGCACCUGCGGAUACAAUCAGCAUAAGAGACAAUCUCGUCGCGGUCUUUCGCAGUGCCAUCGGUGCCGCUUAUCCCGACGUAGCGGAUCCGCCAGUGAUAGUGACUACCAGCUCUAAUCCGAAAUUUGGGGAUUAUCAGUGUAACAGCGCGAUGCCCCUGGCGCAGCAACUGAGUGGCGCCGGUACAAAAAUAUCUCCACGUGAUGUUGCUAAGGAGAUUAUCUCCAAGCUGAAAGUAUCCCCUGUCAUCGAGAAGUACGAAAUAGCUGGCGCAGGAUUCAUAAAUGUGUACCUAAAACAUGAAUUCGGGCAGACUAUUUUGCGCAACUGGUUGUCGGCCGGUGAAGUUCUCCCCCCGUACGUUAAGAAGAAGAGAGUGAUUGUAGACUUUUCUAGUCCCAACAUUGCCAAGGAGAUGCACGUGGGCCACUUGAGGUCCACGAUAAUCGGAGACAGUAUCUCCAGGCUGUUGGAAUACCUGGGACACGACGUGUUGAGACUCAAUCACAUAGGCGACUGGGGCACGCAGUUUGGUAUGUUGAUAGCUCACCUUCAAGACAAGUUUCCCAACUAUUCGACGACUGCUCCACCAAUUCAGGAUCUUCAGACCUUCUAUAAAGAGUCCAAGACUAGAUUUGACAAUGACGAGGAAUUCAAGAAGCGUGCGUACGAAUGUGUCGUUAAAUUGCAAGCUUUUGAGCCUAAUAUAACAAAAGCAUGGAAAAUGAUAUGCGAUAUAUCUAGACAAGAGUUCGAGAAACUGUAUACUCGACUGGAUAUCAAAUUAACAGAAAGAGGUGAAUCAUUCUAUCAGAAGUACAUGGAGUUGAUAGUUCCAGAACUGGAAUCAAAAAAUAUGCUGGAAGAAGAUAAUGGGCGAAAGGUGAUGUGGGGAGAGAAACAUGGUAGCGGGAUACCGUUAACUAUAGUAAAAUCUGACGGGGGUUUUACAUAUGACACAUCAGACAUGGCUUGUAUUAAGCAUCGUGUCGAAAACGAAAGGGGAGAAUGGCUGAUAUACGUGACAGAUGCUGGCCAGUCUCUGCACUUUCAAAUGUUGGAAAGUUGCGCCAAAAGGGCAGGUAUUUUGAAGAGCUUCCACAAGAUGGACCAUGUUGGUUUUGGCGUUGUCUUGGGUGAAGACAAGAAGAAAUUUAAAACAAGAUCUGGUGACACCGUGAGACUUAGCGAGUUGUUAGACGAAGGCUUGAAGAGAGCGCUGCAGAAACUGAAAGAGAAAGGACGCGACAAGGUGUUGUCGGAAGAAGAGCUAAAGGCAGCCCAAGAAUCCGUGGCGUACGGUUGCAUAAAAUAUGCCGAUUUGUCACACAAUAGAAAUCACGAAUAUGUAUUUUCGUUUGAUAAAAUGCUGGAGGAUAAGGGCAACACAGCCGUUUACUUAUUGUACGCUUUAACGCGAAUUCGUUCUAUCGCCAGAACGGCGAAUGUCACGAAGGACGAGUUGCGGCAGCGCUUGCACGAAACUCCGAUCUCACUGGAGCACGAGAAAGAAUGGAAACUGGCCAAAGUACUGUUGAAGUUUCCCGAUGUAAUUCUUGGCGUUAACGAGGACCUAUACGUGCAUCCGUUGUGCGAAUUUUGUUACGAGGUUUCAUGCGCAUUCACGGAAUUUUACGAUAAAUGUUACUGCGUGGAGAAGAAUGAAGCUGGUGAAAUUGUGAAAAUAAAUAUGGGACGUCUGUUGCUCGCGGAGGCUACUGCUCUUGUGUUAGAGAAAUGCUUCAGCUUAUUGGGCUUAAAACCCGUUGCACAAAUGUAAUAGGACAAAAAUAAAAACAUACCAUACUUUUAAUAAUAAAAUAUAAAAAAAGUAUAAAAUAUAAGAGAAGGAGAUUUGUAGUAUCGAAAUCUAAUGAAAUCUAAUUUAAUAAAAAAGGAUUAUAAUACUAAAAA